AUGGCGGAGGAAUACGAAAUUGGCCUCACCGUUCGCAAAGUGGCGGAGGAAUUCCUGAAGCUGAAGAUGGACUAUGAGCGCAAAAAUGACGAUGGAUGCAAGAAGCUUUUGGAGAGCAUCAAGAAAAAACUUAUUCUGCUGCCAACGUUUCUCAACCCCACAGCACAUAGCCGGACACGAUCGGAGGAGUUAACACUCACCCGUGAGGUGCUGGAGCACGGCGUGUUGGUCAGUGCGCGCCUCGGGGACCUUGAUAGCUUUGAGCUCUAUUUUAACCAACUCAAUGUGUACUACACGGAUAUUGAUAGCAGUGAGCUUCCUGAAUCCCCGUUGUACCUGCUCAUCCUUGGACUCAAUUUGGUUCGUCUGCUGGUCCGCAAUCGCAUUGCGCAAUUUCACUCCGAGCUGGAGAAAAUACCCAACCAAAUUCACGGCACGAACACUUACAUUCGCUUUGCCGUUCUCCUCGAGCGUUACUUGAUGGAGGGAAGCUACAAGAAGCUUCUCAAUUCCCGCCACCAAGCACCUUCAAACGAGUACAUUCCUAUCGUAGGGAUGUUGGAAUCCACCGUGCGGCAGGAGGUGGCGGAAUGCAUCCCUCGUUCGUACAACACUCUUUCCAUAGACAAGGCACAGAAAAUUCUUAUGGUUGAC